AUGGAUUUAAGCAAGCUCAAAGCGAUAAGAUCCGGGAACAGAAGUGCUGUUACAAAACUUUUUCGGAAGAUAGAUGCAGCGAAGCAAGAAACAGAUUUCGAUCCAGAAGAGUUGAACGCAACAUUUGAAAACCUUCUUCAGAAGCAAAAGAUAUUGAACAAUUUGAACGAGCAGAUACUCCAGCUAGCGGAAGCAGAAGAUAUUGAAAGUGAAAUUCUAGAUUCAGAUGAGUAUUGUAUUACGUUAGAAACCAAAAUCAGACACAUAAGAAAUUUUUUUAGAGAUACUCAUACCACACCAAAGACACGUCAGAGUGAAACUUCAUCCCAGAUAUUAAAUGUUGACUCUCAACCGUUCGUCUCAGCAAACCUCACAGAAAACUCAUGCACGCAGUCGUCACAAAAUCCUUUCUCUCAAGCGAGUAACACAGUGAGUACUAAUAUAAAUUCGUAUACAUCCGCAAGCAGUCAGAAUCACUACUUACCCAAACUCUCACUUCCGAUAUUCACAGGGAAUAUAUUAGAGUGGCAAACUUUCUGGGAUUCGUAUGAAUGCGCCAUACAUUUAAACCCUUCAUUGAUCGAUGUCCAGAAAUUUAAUUACCUCAAAGCGCAGUUACAAAAUGAAGCUUUACGCACCAUAGCUGGUUUUGCGCUCACCAAUGCAAACUAUGCGGACGCCAUUAUUUUAUUGAAAGAGAGAUUCGGACAAACACACAAAAUCACGCAAGCAUACAUUCAAGCAUUAUUAGAUAUUCCAUCACCACGAAACCAUCUUGUCAGUUUGAGACAAUUCUAUGAUCAAAUGGAAACUUACGUCAGAGGGCUAGAAUCUUUGGGCCAGUCACAAGACUCGUAUGGAACAUUACUUGUACCAAUUAUUUUGGAAAAAUUACCGGGAGAAAUUAAAAAAAACCUUGCCCGUGAACAUGGAACAGAAAACUGGUCAUUACGAGACCUCCGGAAAAGUAUUUGCAAUGAAAUUAACAUAAUUGAUGCGGGACAAGACACUGAAACUUCUGACAAUUUACCAAGUACAUCAUCUUUCUUUACCGGAACUAAAUCAACAAAACCCCACCAAAAUCAAGCUCCAAAUACAAGAAAUAUACGCCAGAAUUUAGACACUAAACCUUGUGUAUUCUGCCGCGAUGUACACGCACCAGCGCAUUGA